GAGAAGGAGAAGCGCGUUCAGGGAUUCUGCUUGUAGUGGAGUGUGGAACGUUUAGGCAACGUGAUCUGGUUCUUCGCGGGAAGGUGGGCGCCCUGGUGCUUGGCCAGCCGCGGCGUUGCGGGCCUUUGGGGGCCGCAGAUUUGGUCUUUUUUCACUGAUAUAAGAGCUCGGCGGCGGGCCGCGCAGCGCCCUGACCCGUCCUCACCAUGUUGGUGCUGUUUGAAACGUCCGUCGGCUACGCCAUCUUUAAGGUUUUGAAUGAAAAGAAACUUCAAGAGGUUGAUAGUUUGUGGAAAGAAUUUGAAACUCCAGAGAAAGCAAAUAAAAUAGUAAAGCUGAAACAUUUUGAGAAAUUUCAGGAUACAGCAGAGGCAUUGGCAGCAUUCACAGCUCUGAUGGAGGGCAAAAUCAAUAAGCAGCUGAAGAAAGUUCUGAAGAAAAUAGUUAAAGAAGCCCAUGAACCCCUGGCUGUAGCUGAUGCUAAACUAGGAGGCGUCAUAAAGGAAAAGCUGAAUCUCAGUUGUAUCCAUAGUCCUCUUGUUAACGAACUUAUGAGAGGAAUCCGUUCACAGAUGGAUGGAUUAAUCCCUGGGGUAGAACCGCGUGAAAUGGCAGCCAUGUGUCUUGGGUUGGCACACAGCUUGUCCCGAUACAGAUUGAAAUUUAGUGCUGAUAAAGUGGAUACAAUGAUUGUUCAGGCAAUUUCCCUGUUAGAUGACUUAGAUAAAGAACUAAACAACUACAUUAUGCGGUGUAGAGAAUGGUAUGGCUGGCAUUUCCCUGAAUUAGGAAAAAUUAUUUCGGAUAAUUUGACAUACUGCAAGUGUUUACAGAAAGUUGGCGAUAGGAAGAAUUAUGCCUCGGCCACACUUUCUGAAUUACUGCCAGAAGAGGUUGAAGCAGAAGUGAAAGCAGCUGCAGAGAUAUCUAUGGGAACAGAGGUUUCAGAAGAAGAUAUUUGCAACAUUCUGCAUCUCUGCACUCAGGUGAUUGAAAUCUCCGAAUAUAGAACCCAGCUCUAUGAAUAUCUGCAAAAUAGAAUGAUGGCCAUUGCACCCAAUGUUACAGUCAUGGUUGGUGAAUUAGUUGGAGCACGGCUUAUUGCUCAUGCAGGUUCUCUUUUGAAUUUGGCCAAACAUGCAGCUUCUACAGUUCAGAUUCUUGGAGCAGAAAAGGCACUCUUCAGAGCCCUCAAGUCUAGACGAGAUACGCCUAAGUAUGGUCUCAUUUAUCAUGCUUCACUUGUCGGCCAGACAAGUCCCAAACACAAAGGAAAGAUUUCUCGGAUGCUGGCAGCCAAAACUGUUUUGGCCAUCCGGUAUGAUGCUUUUGGUGAAGAUUCCAGUUCUGCGAUGGGAGUUGAGAACAGAGCCAAAUUAGAGGCCAGGUUGAGAACCUUGGAAGAUAGAGGGAUACGGAAAAUAAGUGGAACAGGAAAGGCAUUAGCAAAAGCAGAAAAAUAUGAACAUAAAAGUGAAGUGAAGACUUACGAUCCUUCUGGUGACUCCACACUACCAACCUGUUCUAAAAAACGCAAGAUUGAACAGGUAGACAAAGAGGAUGAAGUGGUUGAAAAGAAGGCCAAAAAAGCCAAGGUUAAAAUUAAAGUUGAAGAAGAGGAGGAAGUAGUAGAAGUAGAAGAAGAUGUAGUAGAAGUGGUGGAAGAACAGGAGACAUCUGUGAAGAAAAAGAAGAAAAAGGACAAAAAGAAACACAUUAAAGAAGAACCGCUUUCUGAAGAAGAACCAUGCACCAGCACAGCAAUUGCUAGUCCAGAGAAAAAGAAGAAAAAGAAAAAAAAAAGAGUUAAUGAGGACUAAUGGAAGGAACCAUUCUUUCAAAGAUUUCUUAAUUGAAUCACCUGGAUACAUCAUGCUUAAGAUUCAGUCAGAAAUACACCAGAGAUGCUCUCUAAAAUAAUGGGAGGUUGGAUAAAACAAAAUGAUUAAUCAUCAAGAGCAUUUCAUACCUAUUUGUGUCUCAACAUCACAUCAGCUCUGUUAAUUUUAUUAUAUCAUCAUUUCUUAGACUAUUUGUUAUACAAAUAAAAAUAUUUUCUUUGUAUUUUAA